UGAAGCAUUGUGCGAAUCAAACAAAAUUUAUAUUUCAAUCGUCAAAACGAACCUGUUUAGGUACGGAACUUUUUAAAUCCAUUAGGUGAACAUUCGUGUAGCGUAAAUGUCAACUAGAAAUUGCCAACUGCAUUUGGCGUGAGAUAUUUACUUAAUCCAGAAAUUAAAAUAUAAGAAUACGCAGCUAACUAAUACACAAAACGGUAAAUUUGUAAUAUCGAUUACAGAAUCAAAAAUGAAGGCUUGGAAAGUAGAGUUGAACGAACUGUUGGAAAAAAUUGAGCGACAUACAACUGCCUCAUUGUGGCGUAUCAAGAUUGAGUUUGAACGAUCAAAUUUGAUGUUUGAUCGAAAAUUCAGAAAAAGAUUCCUUCGACUGACAAACAAUCGAUUGAGUGAGGUAUACGAACGGAUUGAGAUUGAAUCACUAGCCGAUAAUCAGCGAAACAUUCAUGGUCACUUUGAUGACAUUCGAAAUGGAAAUCAGCGUCAUGCACGUGAUUUGUCUAUGGAAUGGGAGCAAAAUUCAAAGCGAAAGUGUGACCGUAGUGAAUUGAAGGAUGAACGCUCUACAAAGAAGAAAAAAUAUUCAAGUAUACAGAGUUCGAGUGACGUUCACAAGCGUCUCGGUAAAAGAGUCAACAGUAAAAACGAUAUAGAUGAUUUGCCGGUACAAGACAUCAAAGAAGAGAAUCCUUUUCGAUUGAAUCGAAUUGCUGAGCCCAUUGUUGACCAAUCAAACGAUGCAAAACAAUCAUUUUCCGAUGUCAAAGUAAAAUUGGAAGUGCCAAGUCCGACUCUUUCGCCAUGCAAUCGAUCGACAUCGAAAAGAAAACUCAGCACCGACAAAAAUGAAGAUAAAACUGAGACAGCAUGUAAAAAGCGAAAGAUCAGCGAAAAAUACAGUGACACCAACUUGGGCAAAGAGGAGGAUGGUGCAAGCUUGGAGAAUUUAACAUUUUUCUGUGUUUAUUGUGCGGAUACAAACAAUAUCAACGAAUCGAGCUGCGGAACCAUUGAAGAUGUGUAUGGACAUUGGCUGUCGGGUCACACUCAGGGCAUGAAGAAGGUCAAUCCAUUUUGGUUUUAUGUUUGUGGUUCAUUGGCGUGUUUUUAUUGUGAUUUUAUUUCAAAUUAUCAAGAGAUAAUCAAGCAUCACCAACACAGUCAUCCAAAUCAGACAUUUGUGGCUGUAUCACCGUAUGAUCAUAAGAAUUGCGGUUUGUGCCAAUAUGUUGGCGAUGAGAUGAUUUCUCACUUUGAAACCGAACAUAAUGAGCUAGUAUCGUCAAAGGUGUUCAGUCCGGCUCGAUUAUCGGCACGUCUCUUGGUUACACUAUUUGCAAUUGAUAUUCAUAAGAAACGACAAUGUGGUCUCUGUGACAUCAUUUACGAAACGCAGCAUGAAAUGGAAGCCCAUCACUCGGCCCAGCAUACCGGUGAAAUGAUUUCAAAUGAAUUCUGCGACAGUCAAAGCGCAUACGUCAUUUGUGAUUAUUGCUCAAGCAAAGUUGAUGGUACUAAGUUUUUCUAUCACAUUGAAAAUCAUCGAUACGAAUUAAAUUGCUCGAAAUGUGAUUUCAUUACAAAAAAUUUGGUCGAUUUGGUUAUUCAUGAAAAGGACAAACACCGUACAAAUGCAUUGAAUUACCAUUGUUUCGAAUUUGGUGAACGAUUGAAAAAGCAGUACUUUAAUUCGAAAAUCGUUUUUGGAAACGGUUUGAUACUUACCAAUCACAAUUUCAAAAAUACAAUUUAUGAUGACAGUAAGCAGUUUGAAAUAUUUGUCGAGUCUUUAAUUGAGAAAGCGAAACGCAAAUGCAAUCGUGCAAUGGGGAAACGAGAAAUCAAAGAACCAAAAAAAGAUGUCUCAUCUCGGGCAUCUUCCAUUAUAUCGUGGUCUGCAUCAGAACCAUCGGAUCGACGUUCAUCCAUCGAUUCAUUAUAUCAUGUUAAAUCAUCGUCAUAUCGUAAUCCAUUCCGUGUUUUAUCGAUGCCAUUACUCAUGGUUGAAUUGGAUCAACAAAAUCAACUCGCGAACAAUCUGUCGAUUCUUGGUUUUCCGCGCUUGAGAAAUGAGGAUCUUACUGAGAUGUUUAAGAAGCUUUGCAAAAAACUGCACAUCACGCUAUCAUACAAUGAUGUGAUUAAAAUUUAUCGAACAAAUGGCGUAAAUGAAUCAGUUAUUGUGAAAUUUAGUAAUUACGAAACUAAAGUUAUGGUUAAGAACAGAGCGCACAUGACCAAUAUAUGGUCAGACGAUAUAAUUAAAUUACCAACGAACGAAAAGCCAACGAAAAUCUAUGUGAAUUUGCACACAACUCGCUUCUAUGGAAAAAUGAUAAGCAUUGCCCGGGAGGCGCGUAAAAAUAAAAGCAUCUGUUCAUACAAUUUAUGUAAGCGUGGUUUGGUUGUGAAACGUACCGAAAAGAGCAAGGAACGUGUCAUUUUGUCAACAAACGAACUGAUGGAUUACAUUUAUGGCAAAAAAAGUGGCAAACAUUCAGUUAAGGAACAUAGUCAACGAUCAAGUCGCCAUUGAAGCAUUUUUUUUUUUGCUUCAUCAGUUCUUAUUCAAAUGUAGUUCAUUGUAUUUUGAAUUUUAUAUCGAUAUAACAUGCUAUUUUUGGAAAGGAUGCAAUUUGACUUUGGAUUUGCUGAUAUAUUUAAUUACAAAAAUGCCUAAAAACAAGACAAUAAGAAAUGGUUUAACAAUAUCCAAUGAAAUCGAGAAGAAAGAAAUUAAAAUUGUAAUAAAGAAUUUUCCCUAGAAUCAUUAUCAAUUUUAUUAUUUAAUGCAAUUAAACAUUAUUUUUUUAAGUCUGAUCCAAAUUUAUAUCAGUAAUUAUUUGUUUAAAAAAUAAGUAUA